ACAAAGUCAAAACCAAAUAACUUCAUUAUUGGACGGAGACCCUGAAGUCCCUCAAUAUGACUUUUUUCACAGUGAUUGGCAGGAGGUGGUGAUGACGUUUAUAUGCUGCAAACAGCAUACGACCAUAGCCUGUAUGCACGCGUCAGCUCCAAACAUCCCCAGCAGGCGGAGUGCACUUUAUCCCGAGCCCCUUACUUUCAAACCCUAAGCCCCGCCCCUCCAGCGAGCGCACCCACCUUGUCCAGCAGCAGCUCGGUGCGCCAGACUGCACGAGCUCAAGCGGGGAGCUCACCGGAGAGAGGGCACGGAGCAGCAGCGGCACGAGGAGCGGCAGCAGCGGGGGACGUUUCUGCUUUUGAGGGGACACCUUGUUCGGACCUCUCGAGCGAGGGAUCAUUUUGACACCCGUGGAAAAAGAUCAAUCUUAGCGGGGAGAUUUGGCAGAGUAGGGGUCUCCAGCUGUGGUCAGGAGCCUAGAAGGAUGCAGCUGUGGUCCGGGUCGGUGUGCCGCGCCGUGCGCCUCCACCGCUGGUGAUGCCCUCACCGCCCAGCAGCAGCAACAGCGGCAGGAGGAGCACUAGGAAGAGGAGGAGCAGAGGGAGGGGGUCAGGACAACAGGGCGUCGGGGGGCCGGUGAUGAUGACGGUAAGGUCGGGAUCAUGGCUAACGGAACCGGUACUAUCAUGUUAAAAUGCGUCGUGGUGGGAGACGGAGCGGUGGGAAAAACGUGUCUGCUGAUGAGCUACGCCAACGACGCGUUUCCGGAGGAGUACGUCCCAACGGUGUUCGACCACUAUGCAGUGAGCGUCAGUGUCGGGGGGAAGCAGUACUUGCUGGGACUGUAUGACACAGCCGGUCAGGAGGACUACGACCGUCUCCGGCCACUCUCCUACCCCAUGACCGACGUCUUCCUCAUCUGCUUCUCGGUGGUGAACCCCGCCAGUUUCCAGAAUGUGCGUGAAGAGUGGGUGCCCGAGCUGCAGGAGUAUGCACCCAGCGUCCCCUACCUGCUCAUCGGCACCCAGAUUGACCUUCGUGACGACCCGAAGACCAUCGCCAAACUGAACGACAUGAAGGAGAAACCCAUCGCCACGGAGCAGGGACAGAAACUCGCAAAGGAGAUCGGUGCGUGUUGCUAUGUUGAAUGUUCAGCUCUGACCCAGAAGGGCCUGAAGACAGUGUUCGACGAGGCCAUCAUCGCCAUCCUGGCUCCAAAGAAGAAGAAAGGAGCUCUGAAGAGAAGGCUGGGACCUCGCUGCAUCAACUGCUGUCUGAUCACGUGAUACAGAAGAGAAAAAAAACCCAGAGAUCAUUCAGCAGCCGACCGUAAACCAAACAUGGACUGAAUGCAAGAGAAAAAUGCACAAAAGAGAGGACUGAACUUAAACACAGCAGCGCUCUUCAAAGACGUUUACUCUGUCUCCUGCUUUCCAUUGGGGGGGGGGGGGGGGGAUGCAGUUUACUACCAAAGGAGCACAAAACCCAGUCAGUCAAGACUCUCUGCCUCCAAAGUACCUUCUUUUAUAACCAUUUUUAAUCAUUUUCACGUGCAGAGUUGUCGUAAGCUGUAAUUCAAAAAAAGACAUUUCAGUUCAAAGAGAAAUGUGACAUUUUUAGGAGCUCGUAUUGUUGAUUUCUUCAUAGUACCAGUGCAGAUGUGCAAAUGUGCAGAUGUUCAGAUCGGGAGCCUGCAGCUGAUAAGUAAUGAGAGGCUGACUUCAGUGACACUGUGACAGAAAACAUUUCUGGACAUGACGGCCCAGCCUCUCCGUUGUCCACCUCUGAUUAUGUGUCAGUUGAGGAUCUGCAGAUUUACCCACACAGGUGCUCUGCUCAUCUUGGGCCUAAGACUUAUUAUUUUAAAGUUUGAGAGUCUUGUUUCUGCCUUAUUAACCUGUUUUUAUUUUUGCAGUGUGGCAUGAUGAAACAUACUGUGAGCUAGGAGGAGGCUGAGGUCUCUUCGACGUUUAUUAUCCAUCUUUAAAACUUAUAUUAUACAGAAUUUAUGAGUCUAUAUCUCUAAAAAACAGAUGCUUUAUUUAGCGCAGAUAUUCUUUGCCAACUUAUAGCUUUUUUUUCUCUUUUGAUUUUGUUAUCCUACAGUAAUGUUUUAUCCUUUUAUCACCUUGAAAAAGGUUUAAGAGAGAAGAAGAAGAAAUAUUAUAUAUCCCACAUCCAAAGAAAUGUGUCUUUAAAGUGUGGGGGGGCUGAGGCUGUGUUCAGAUGAAAUGAAGCACAUUUUCACUCUGACUGUAGGGUCAUUGGUGUUCGUCUGCAAUGAUUGAGAACACCCAGAGAAUAUUGAGCCUUACAGAUACACAAGAAAACUCAAACUUUGAGAUCAUGAUGUCAUCUAGACGUUCAAACCAUUCAGUUUGAUUCCCCUCCUUCUAUGUUUGGAUUAUUUUGACUGAGAUCUGUCUUACUUAAGCACUUUGAACCCAAAGUAGACAGAUUUUUAAUUUGAUUUAAUCACAAUAAUCAGGCUGAAAGGAUGCUGAAAUAACUAGAGGAUGGUGCAGAUUUGUAGACAGUUUGAAUUCUACAAUUCAUUUAGCAGACAUUUUUAUCCAAAGCGACGCACAUUAGAGAGUUAGAAGAACACAAGCGAGGAUCUAGAGAGGAAGAGACAACGUCAGGAAGAGCAAACAAACAGCUUUAAGUCUGAUUGGACACACAGGCGCAACAGGAAGUGACCUGAGGCAGAGCACAACAUGGACAGCUGUUCUUGAGAGUUCUAUCCAGCAUCAAAACCAUCCUAAAUAUCAUCAUCAUCAUCAUCAUUAAGGUCGUAGGUGUUCAUAAAGAGCUGGAUCUUUAGCUUUUUCUUAAAGGUGCAGAGGGACUCUGCAGAUCGAAUGGAGUUUGUUAAUUCGUUCCACCGCCGCAGGGCAACAGAGGAGAAGAGUCUAGUCAGAGACUUAGGGCCCUGUUGUGAAGGUUGGAUCAGACGCCUUUCAUUGGCAGAGCGAAGUGGGCGGGAAGGGUUAUCAUAGAGUUUUAGGUAAGGGGGAGAGUUUUGAAGUUGAUGUGAGCAGUAACUGGAAGACAGCAGAGGGAGAUAAGUCAGUUGUGUCUGCAAGAAGAGAAGGAAACAACUCAAUGGAGUUAGGCUCAACCAGAGCUGAUGCAUCCUCACUGCAUGAGCUUUAGUGACACACCAUCAUGCAAAUGUCCCACUAGAUAUCAGUGUGUGUUUGAGUUGAGACGGUUUUGCAGCACUGAUUGAUGGUUUCGUAGCAUUACCUGAAAAAUGUGCUUCCCUUUUUUUUUUUUGUCUGAACACACCUCAAAGUGACCCAGAGUAUUCUGUCUAAUGCACAACAUGAAGCAGUCAAACACACUUUAUCUUCAAGGAAAGACAAAGCACAUUCCUCGGCUUAUAGCUCUGUUCAUCUACAGGAACUAAACGCUGAUUGAAGCACAGGAAACAAACGGAUCCAUCCGGCACAAACAGGAGCAAAGCACACUCUGACCACGCACAAUCCAACACGGUCUCCUAUGAAACAGCUAGGAAGUGUUUACUGUAGAUCUGAACUGAUGGAAAGUAUCUCUGUUUUCUCCUGACAGUUUUAAACAUGUUUUUUUAGGAUCUUCAUGAAAUCUAUAGGGAGGUACGGGACUGUCAUUUGUUAUCAGAGGUGUUCUGGUUUGAGUUUAUACGAGUAGUAUCAGUAAUGUUUCGGCCGGCAUUUGAAGUGUGCAAAGAAAACAGAUUAUGUUGAGAGCAGGCAGAACACAAUCCAUCGUAAUGCAAUCCACUGGCUUUAUGAGCAGAUAUCUGUGCAGCCAACAAUCUUUGUCGCUUCUCAAGUUUCCAGUCGGACUGUAAACAAAGGCGAUUAACUGAAAAGGAAGUUUUGAAGAAUGAUGCAUUCAAGAAGGCUGGGAAAUCUAAGCAUUGGUUGGCUUUAGCGGCAGCAUCAAGUAAAAGAAUGUUUGAUGUAGGACAGAUUGUUCGCUGCUCUGAUGCAGAUGUCUGUUUAUAAAUCGUCGAUGGGAUGUCUUUACUCCUGCUGAUACAUCUUUAGUCGAUACUUCUCAGACUUCAAAUGUACCUCCUGAGAACAGAUUCUACAUUUUUAUGUAGACAUCAACAGUCAGACGAUACCUGAUGGGGUCAGAGAUGUCCAAACAAACCUCUCGUUUCAGUUUGGACAUCACAUUUUGGAUUAUGAAAAGAUUAUCAUAAAGUUUGAAAACAAUUAGUCAACAUUGAUCAUUGGUUUCCAACAGGGAUGUCAACAUUCAGCCGAUGAUGCUGCAGUGACUUUCUACAGAUUUCAUUUUCAAGCAACAGAUGCACUAGCUGCACUAAUCUUAAAACUAAAGCUGUUAAACCUGAACAUUUCUUGAGAAUGUUUCUGGUAGACUGCCUCUGAAAUCUUCCAGAGCUGCGUAUUCACACGUUGCUCACAGCUUGAUGUUGACCCUUCUUGGACGGGAGGCAAGGCAUAACGUCGCUGUAGAAAUCUAUCCAAGAUGGUGGACGAGGAGACAGAGUCUGACACUAUAAUGACGGUGUCUGCUUUUAUAUCAAUGCUCCAUGUAAUUGGAUGUAUUUGCAGUAUUAACGAGCUAGUUUGCUGACAAACAGGAAACAUAAUGCAGCAUAUGGCCGGUUGCAGGGAAUAAACGUUACCCAUCCUGAGCGGUGUUCUCACAUUAGCAUACUAAGACUGUCCACGUAAAAGAUACUAGGAGUCUGGCAGGAGAAACUCGGAGUGAAAUAUGUAGCUGUUUGCGUUCAGACAUGAAGCUCACCACAAUUUUUUUCAGGAGUUUUUCAAGUGUGAAAAGCACCAUAUGACAUUUUUAUUUCCAUUUAAAUCAUUACUACAUGGAAUUGGAUACAUUUCAGCAAUCAGGUGUUUAAGAACGGACUGAAUAUUUCCUGCUGUGUUCGAACAUCAGCUCAGUCGACUUCCCAAAGGAAAUUUUCUAAGGGGCUGGCAGGAAGAAAUGCGGGCAAAGUCAGAGCGAAAAAAUGCAGCUAUUUGUGUUCACACAUGCAGCUCACCCUGAACAUUUCCAGAAGUUUUCAGGAGUUUUUUGUGUUUGUGUGAAAACAGCAUCAGAUUCUUUUUUAGGUUUUAAUGAUGUCGUACUGUUUUUCUUUUUUUUUUUACAUCUCUCAUUUAAAAUGACCCGCUUACAGAAAGGACACAAACUGCUGCAAGUCCCAGUCCGCUAAAGUCAGCCCUCGGAUAUAUAGCCAACAUCGGCCUCAACGCCAUCUUUAGUGUCAGAUUAUAAACAGGUUUUCUCUUUUUGUUGUUAUAAGGUCACAUCCUGCUUCAUGAACUGAAACAUUGUUUGUGAAGUUAUUCAUUUUUUGACAACAAUGCAACAACGAUGUGUAUAAAUGUGUAACUUGAUUCUGUUCUGAACUUGAUCUGCAAACCGAACACGAGCUCUUCUUGUUUUGAUGCACUUGUUAUAAGUUUCAUGUUUUUAUUAAUAUCAAAGGUGCCAACUGUUGAAUGACUUGUGUCGAGUUUGUGUUGGAGUCGCUCUGAUUAAAGCUUUAACCUUCUCGGUGCUCCUCCUCCUCCUCUUCCUCUUCUUCCUCUUCUUCCUCUUCCUCCUCCUCCUCUUCUUCCACCUCCUCUUCUUCCACCUCCUCUUCCUCCUCCUCCUCUUCCUCUUCCUCCUCUUCUUCCACCUACUCUUCUUCCUCCUCUUCUUCCACCUCCUCUUCCUCCUCCUCCUCCUCCUCCUCCUCCUCUCCGUCCCGGCCCUCCUGCAGCAGCGGCCGGCCCUGAACGAUCGCAGCUCUGCUUCUUGUUCUCUUUGUGUGAAGGUCCCGCUCAGGAUCCAGGACCUCUUAAGUGCCGACGCCUCCGAUGCAUUCUCCCAUGAUGCUCCUCUCCUCUCAAUAAAUGUGUUUACUGUGUUAAUGA